GUGUUAUUAGAUCCUAUGCGUUAUUAUGUCCUUCAGUGUGUAUGUAUGUUCACGGUUUUCUUUCUUGCUAAUAGUAAUUUUACAUUUAUAUCUUAGCAACGAAAUCAUCCAUCAGCCAGAAUGGGUAGUUAACUCGAGCACUGCGAUUUUAAACCUGAUAUUUGAUGGAUGUUGCGAUAUAAAUGUUCGCAGGUGCUACUGCGAUGCCGCCUAUUCCAGUGUCUAGUCACUCUCCGAAAAGUGACAGAAUAUACACACCUGAUUAGGCAGCAUCGGUGCAUCUGUUUACUUUUUUUUUCCGCAAAUACUUCAAACGCAGAGGAAUUGCUGCAGUAUGCCGUUCUGGAUAUCUUUUCUAAUAUCUAUCAUCGCACUAACUGCACACAGUGCUUCACCCCUUAAAGUUCCACCUCUUAAUUACUGCUACACUGAAGAUGCAUGCAAUCCAUAUCAGUGGGUGAAAACCUUUCCUUCCUGCAUCAUCAAACAAUCUACACUGCAUUCUCCCAUCGUCCUGGAACAUGUUGCUACUAAAAACAACUCCAUCAGUCCUCUGGGGCUUCAACGCUUCAACAUGCGUCAGGGGAACUGGACCGUAGCAAAUGUCCGGAACACGGUUGUUGUGACGUUUCAAGCAGGCAUGAGUGUGAAAGGUGGCAGUAUAAAGCAUAAUUACCAAAUCGUGGAGAUGAGAUUCCACUGGGGAACAAAUGUGACCAACGGAUCAGAGCAUAAACUUGACAGUCGGAGGUUUCCUAUGGAGAUGCAGAUUGUGGGUCUCGCUCCUGGAUUCACUGAUGUGGAAGCCGCUUCUGCUGUUCCGUCCGGCCUGCUUAUGAUGGGAGUCUUCAUUGAUAUCGCCUCUGCAGAGAAUGAAGCAUUUAAAGCCAUAGCUCAUGCUGUGUCCAGUGUGCCAUAUCCAGGUGAUUCUGUCAGCGUGACCCCUCCAGCACUGUUGGACCUUCUUCCCGAUAAUUAUAAAUUCUAUCAGUAUCACGGAGGCCUGACCACUCCGCCUUGCUUCCAGACCGUCACCUGGAUUGUGUUUGAGAAACCCAUUUUCAUCUCCAGAGAGCAGUAUUUGCCGUUCGUCACACAUCUGUAUUACUCGGAUAAGAACGACACGGUGAAGAAGUUGCUGGUGGAAAACUAUCGUUUCACCCAGCCCAGCUUUAACCGUCAAAUCAUUGUGUCAUAUGCUGUGCCAAAUACAGCUUCUCUGAGCCAGCCUGCACUCAUCUCCAUCCUGAUCCUCACCAGCAUAGUCUCUUUAAUGUGUAUAAGCCAGUUAUAAGGAAGCACAUAUAAAUAUUCCCUUGCUCAAAUGCUGUGCAUGUUAAAUAGAUGAAGAAGGUACCUGCUAGGUUGUUUUUUUUUUUUUUCAUUUUACACAUACUUUUUGUCACUAGUCAUUGUUCAGUCAAAAAAAUGUUCUAGAUUUGUUUGUUUUAUAAGCUGCUGCAAUGAAUCUUAAAUGCUAGAUAACUGUGUUAAAUGUUGAAAACAGUGUUCAGUUCAUUUCAGAUGAAUGUUUGCCUUUUUUAUUUAUUUCUAUUAUUUAUUUUUAUUUAUUAUUUAUAACUCUCAUACCCCAUUAUCAGUGUUAAAGUCUUCUUUAUUAUUUUUCCUCUUUAUACUUUUUCAGAGGACUGUAGAGUUUUCAGAGCUUUCACGCGGACACGUAUAAUAAUUAUAUUCAACUUCAAUUGUCGCCAAAAUUGUCUCAUGAAAAAAAUUCUAAAGAGAAGCCGCAAGCUGCAUGAAAUAUGCAGAAAUGCCCAGUAGAUGUCGCUGUUUCUUCAGGAUUUGAAUUAAUAUAAAAUGAUUAUUAGACGGGAAAAAUAUUUUCUGAGCAUUAGAGAUUUUAUUUUGUAGUUAUGCUAUUUAAGUUGUUCAAUUCUUGAAAUUAUGUGAAUUGCGGAUAAUUUUUUUCUUCUUCUCUUUUUUUUUGUUCAUAAAAAUAUGUUCAAAAUUCCAUUGAUGGGUAACCUCCAGAUAAAGAAUAUAAUCAAUUCACAAUCAAUUCAUCAGUUUUUUUUCAUGUAUUCCUGUCUAUGAAGAUCUGCUGAAUGUGUGUAUGCCAUGUGUAUGUAAACUAAACCUUAAUAUACACCAAGG